AUGCGAUACUCCUUGCAAUGGCGCAGCGUCGUCCAACGCAUCGUCAGGUGGAUCGACUUUGAUGAUGAUUAUCGUACCAUGUACACCACCUUCAUGGAGUCCGUGUGGUGCGUCUUCAAACAGUUGUAUGGGAAGAGUCUUGUGUACUGCGGUGUCAGUGUGAUGCCCUUCUCCACCGCCGGUUCCACCCCCUUGUCAAACUUUGAGGCAGGUCUGAACUACGAAGACGUUCAGGAUCCUGCCAUCGGUAUGUCAUUUUCUGUCGAUGAUUUUGACAACGGCGUAUCCACCGUCUGCGCUGGACUGCUUGCGUGGCCUAGCGACCUGGCGUUGCGGUUGCUUGGCGCCUUUCGUGUGGUUGGUGACGCCUACGUAAGCGAGGAAACGGGAACGGAAGUAGUACAUCAGGCGUCCUACUUUGGUGAUGACGACUUUAGGGUCUGUCUGCUCGGGAGCAUCGUGACGAAGGAGAUGGCAGCAGUAGGUUCAGUAGAUGCGAGUGGUCUAUUCACCUCCGAGGUUAAGGAAUUUGCUGGUCAGGACGCGUGGAAUUGGGCUUUCUCACGCCAUCGAUACUGGGGCACACCCAUCCCUGUGUGGGUGUCAGAGGACUUCGAGGAGGUGGUCUGCAUCGGUUCUGUUGACGAGUUAGAACGACUAUCUGGCCAUCGCGUCACCGACCUUCGUAAUGAGUUUGUGGAUCCAAUUACGAUUCCGUCACGCAUGGGCAAAGGCGAGCUGCGACAUAUUUGGGAGGUGUUUGACUGCGGUUCGAUGCCAUAUGCGCAGGGCUUUGCGGCAGACUUCGUGGUGGAGGGAGUCGACCAGACGAGUGGGUGGUUCUACACUCUCUUCGUCCUUUCCACUGCUCUCCUCAAUCAACCGCCUUUUAGAAACCUCAUUGUCAACGGGGCCGACUUGCUGCGGCCUUACCUUGUCGAUUCGCCGGUGGUGCGUGCACAGAGUCUGCCUCCUCGUGAAGUUCAGUCGAUCAUUGAGCCCUGGGAGCGGGCGCACGGCACGACGUUUCGACUGCGUACGGUGGCGUGGCCAAAGUCGCGGAACUUGAUGGACCGGUGGAUUCUAUCCUUCACUCAGAGUCGCCUCCUCUACGUGUGCACGGAGUUGCGUGCCUACCGUCUCUACACGGUGGUACCUCGACUAGUGUGCUUUAUCGAACAACUUGUUAACUGGUACAUCCGCAGGAACCACCGCCGACUGAAAGGCGAGGCACCGUCCGCACUGACGGAGAAUGGGGCAACGAUAGACGUGGUCUUUUUCCAACUCACUUUCGUGAUGGUGCCCUUUGUGCCUUUCUUCACGGAGUUUAUCUACCAGCGCCCGAAGGCUAAAAUCGACUCCUCUAAAUUCCCUUUUGGUGACUGUGAGGCGUGGGUGGCGUGGAUGGAGGCGGCAGGGGAAUUGGGGCAGAGUAUUCGCAUCCAGCGCGACCUCCCUCUUAAGACACCGUUGCCCGCCGCCGUGGUGGUUCAUUCCCUCGCGGAGGCCCGUGAAGCCGUCACCGCGCUAGCGUCCUAUACCACCUACCGGGUGCGUCUACGUGCCCGUCUUCGUCCCCUAGCUGCCGCUAUGGCCACCCUACCACAGUCUUCCCUAAGGCCUUAUCUCACGAUUCCACCCGAUGACUUGUUUGUCACCAUCUUUCAUCGAAUGGCUGUUACCAAGGCUACUGUCAGCCACAGUACUACCGCGGCUUCAAAGUCACAGGGAACACUCAAGUACGCUACGCUUGCGGAGGGUGCUGCAGCUGUAUCCAACACACCCCAUAACCAUGGACAGUAUAACAAUUGGAAUAAUACAAAUGUUACCAUGCAAGUAUGA